AUGGAGGUCGGUGGAGCCGAGCUGGAGAACUUGACCGAAUUACCGGUUGCUUCUAAUCUUCCCGAACCGUCGACGAACCCUAAUUCGUCGGAGCAGCUGGCGGCCGCGGUCCGUAGGGAAGACGGGGAGCUUUCUUCAUCAUCUGAUGACGACGAAAACUGCAGUUCCAGGUUGCUGGAGUCAUCUGGCACUGAUUUUCCUUCAGAAGCUGGGGGGCUUUGUCUUGUUGAGCCAACAAAGACGUCUAUGCUAUGUGCUCCUUCAGAGAAUGGAACUCGGACGACUAGUCCUGUGAAUUCUGUUGAUUUUAUGAACCACACCUCUGUAGGAGCAAAUAAUGACAAGAGCUUUGGUAAGAAUUCGAUAUCAGGCAGAUCAUCUAGUUCAGGAUGGCAGCCAGCUUCAGCAGGUGACAAUAAUCUUGUGAUAAGAUUCUCGGAUGAGGAUACUGGUAGUGAAUCUGACGAUCGGAGUCAAAAGAAGAAUUUGGGAUCUACAAGGAGAAAUGGAACAGAUGGAAUUGGGAAGGUAAUUCCACCUUCAUCAAUGCCCAAGAAGUUACAACAUGCUGGAAACAAUGUACGAAACAUAAUUCCUAGGAAACCAUCCCUGAGUCGCACAUUUGUCUCAUCCGCCAGCAAGAUCAACAGAGUAAAUAGCUCUCGAACUUGGACAGCACAAGCUGAGCAAACAUCACGAGUUAGAAAUUUCAGCAAUGGUAAUAGAAAUACAGUUACUCAAGCGAAUACCUUUGGGCUGGGUCUAGGUUCAAACCAAGCUAAACUACACGACUUACGGCAGCAGAUUGCUUUGCGGGAACAGGAACUGAAGCUUAAGUCCGCACAACAAAAUAAGCAAUCUGCUUUGGUUUCGGUUAAAGCCAACAUUUAUAAGAACCAGUCCAGGAAUGCUUCCAGAAAGUCGAACACAAUGUGCUCUGAUGCUGCACCAAAGGAACCUGAUAGGAAACGCCAGAAACUGAAUGGGUCCUUUCCCAGCCAGCUUAAGGCGGAUCAUCAUGUAAAUCUUCCUCCAAAACCUGUUCAAACAUCAACUGCCCAGACUGCUGGUCGUGAACAGGAGAACGUGGUUAAUAUUGAAAAUACAGGCAAUCCAAAGAGAACAACGGCUUCAGAUGCUGUCAAAUCACUGGAACAAGAUAACCAUCUGGGGCACAGAACAUCAUCAGCAAAUCCAGCCAGUGGGUUGUAUGGCAGUGAACGCAUCAUGGCUAAUCGCAGCAAUAAUAGUACUCCAAACAGAAUGGCUUCAGAAAUUGUCAAAGCACUUGGACAAGAUAAUCAUCUGCCCCCUAUCACUUCAUCAGCAAAUCCAGCCAGUACAAGCAUUGAUGACGGGCACGUGCGGCCUAAUCAAAUUGGUAUACAGAGAAAUAUUGAGGGGGAUCAUAUGCAUAUGGUACAUAAGUACCCAGGUCCUUCAAAGACGGUGAUGAGUGAACAACAUUUGUUCAGCAGCCAAGGUACCUCUGGUGGUAGAAUUAUAUCGCCGCCUGUAGAGAACAUAUUGCAGUCAUCUCUUAAUAAUGCAAGAUUCUCAAGUUAUUCGGGCGUGGUGGAUGUCUCUCAAAAUAGUGACAAAGAUCUACGACCAUUAGUUGAAAUGGAGGAAACAUUGGACAGGGAGCUGGAGGAAGCCCAAGAACUCAGACACAGAUGUGAAAUUGAAGAGAGAAAUGCUCUUAAAGCUUAUAGGAGAGCGCAGAGGGCUCUGAUUGAGGCUAAUGCUAGGUGUACAGAGCUUUAUCGCAAAAGGGAACUGUACUCAGCCCGUUUUCGGUCACUUAUUAUGAAGGAUUCCAGUUUGUUAUGGUCAACUGGGGAUCAUGGCUAUUCUGGAAUGGAUUUGAGUUCUGUAGGACAUGCAUGUAAAAACAUACAGCUAAUACCUACAUCAAUUCAGCAGCAGCAGCUGUGCGAUGGUCAGAAUUUGAGGUCUGAGCCUUGCAGUGAUCCAGAUGUGAGCAUGUCUGAGCCGUUGCAUCAUGGCCUCAAUAAUGCUGCAACUCGAGGUAGCUCUCCUCUUGAUGAUCCAAUUGUUUCAACAGAUGAAGAUGAAGAGGUAUUUACGUCGAAGCAUGACACUAUCCGCAGCAGAAACAUGCAGCCAGUAGCACAUAAUUCCUCGGAACAAUUAAAAGAUUCUGAUCAUCCUCAGGAUAAGGACUUCUCUAUGAAGGACUCCCAGGAUUCGAUUAAUCUUGAGGCAUCAUUGAGGUCUGAGCUAUUUGCUCGGUUGGGCAUGAAAGCUUUUCCAAAGAAUACCGUUUCAUCAUGUUUAGAGUCGGCAGGUGAACUGGGAACUGAAAAUGAUGAUGCAAGUGAAAGAACUCAGAUGAGCGAUAGCAGUCUUCCUGUAUUAGCUACUGAAGAGCACCAAGAAUGUGAUCUUGAAGGCAAGGAUAAUGCUGAAAGAAGUAUAUCCAAGGCUCCUGCCCAGGACACGAACGUUGAUAAGUCCUCUCACUCCACUGCUGAUUCUGGGCGCAUUGGGUACCCUACCAGAGGUCAUCAAUUGACUCCUGCUAUGUUGUCAGCUCCUACAGUUUUGAGAAGUGUAUUCGGACAUCUGAAAGUUAUAUCCCCAACAGCUUGCUUAGCUGUGAAGUGUACAGACAACCAGAAUCGCUAUACAGUUGAUAAAUAUGCCGGAGAUAAUGAUAAUGCUGGCUCUAUGCUAGUCCAGUAUGACAACGUAACUGCAACUUCAAUGGAGGAAAGCAAUAAGGAUGUAUAUGCCAUGGAAAUUGGUUCCUUUAACACAAUUGACAGAUAUGCUGGAGAUAAUGAUAAAGGUGACUCUAUGGUAGUCCAGUAUGGCAAUGUAACUGCAAAUUCAAUGGAGGAAAGCACUAAGGAUGUAUAUGCCAUGGAAAUUGGUUCUUUUAACAGCAAUGCCACAAUCGAUCCAUUUUGGCCAUUAUGCAUGUAUGAGCUUCGAGGAAAAUGCAACAACAGUGAAUGUCCAUUGCAGCAUGUUGCAGAUUUCUCUGCUGGAAAUAAGAAUCAGCAUGUUGGCUCUCAUGAUUCUGGUCGCUCCCCUGAAGUACAAAUAGCAAGAACAGCAGCAAAACCAUCCAACCUUGGUGGUAUUUUGGAAUUACCGACUUAUCUGGUUGGUUUGGAUAUCAUGAAGGCACAUACAAAAAAAUAUGAAUCCAUUGUAGCAUGGAAAGAUGGAAAAUGCUGGCAGAAAGCUUUCAGUGCUUGCUUGGCUCUUUCCAGUUUGCUCGUGAAAGAUUUGCCUGCAAAUGAGCUUUUUUUAAGUGGGAAUGAUGGUCGAAUCGAGGUGCACGGGAGUUCGAUUACACAGCUAUCUUGCUUCCACAGUAGGAAUAGCCAAGUGAAUCAAGCAAUACCUAGUAGCAUCCAUGCCCUGGAAACAUCCCUUCUUACUCUCUGCCAGGAGGUUAACAAAGUAGAGAAUAUGAAAAAGGCUCUUAGUAUUCUGUCAAGAGCUAUUGAAUCUGAUCCGGCAUCUGAAACCUCAUGGAUAAUUUAUCUCCUUGUGUACUACAGUAACAUCAAGUCCCAUGAGAAGGAUGACAUGUUCCCCUCUGCGGUUGAAUUCAAUCCUGCAUCCUACGGACUUCGGCUCAUGUACAUCAACAGCCGUGUACAUCUCAAUGAGCGGUUAGCUGCAUAUAUUGAAGCUAUCAGAGCGCUUUGCCCGAAAGUCUUUGCUUCUGAGAAUGGUGAAGAAAUGCACAGCUCUUGCAUCUUGGACCUGUUCCUGCAGAUGCUGGAUUGUUUGUGCAUGUCAGGGAAUGUCAAUAGAGCAGUCCAAACAAUUUAUGGACUCUUCGGUUUGGCAGCCUAUUCAGAUGAGCCUAAUUCUCUGUUGCUCUCUGAUAUCCUCACAUGCUUAACAAUUUCUGACAAAUAUGUGUUCUGGAUUUGUUGUGUGUACUUAGUUAUUUACAGGAAGUUGCCCAUCACUGUUCUACAGCAGUUUGAGUGUCCGAAAGAUCUCCCUGCAAUUCAGUGGUCACCUGUUGAUUUAGGGGAUGAUGAGAAGGUUAGAGCCGUUGAGCUGGUAGAAAGGGCCACGGACUCUUUGAAAUUGUUGAGCUACAGUGAAUCACCUGGAAGUGAAGCCAGUCAGAGGGUUGCUCGGAAUUUUGCUCUCGGUCACAUUGGGUGUCUGAUGGCCCUUGGUAGGUUAGAAUUUUGUUGGAGUUUGUUGGAGACAUAUUUGGAUAUGCACCCAGAGUUCCUAGAGCUGUUACUCGUGUCAGCAAGAAGCCAAGCAACAGAUUUUGAGUGUUCAACCCUUGACGGAUUCGAGAAUGCCCUUACUAACUGGCCAAAAGAAGCCCCUGGAAUCGUUGGGUUGUGGAAUCAAUAUAUUCAGGUUGCGCUCGAGAGACGAGGUCCUGAUCUUGCUAAACAACUCCUUGUCCGUUGGUUCAACUCCAUAUCCGAAGUUACAUCUACAGACAGUAAUCAUUCUGUUGAAUCUUUGGCAUCGGUAUCAGUAUCAAGCUCAGAGUUUUCGAUGCCCUAUUCGAAUAGGAUGGACAUAAUGUUUGGAUACCUUAACCUCUCUCUUGCAAAAUUGCUGCAGAACGAUCACAUUGAGGCACGUGCUGCCAUCGACAGGGCUUUCAAGAGUGCAGUCCCUGCCUAUUUCAAUCACUGUCUGGUAGAACAUGCUGCAUUCUUGCUGAACCACGGGCAGCAUCGGCAAACGAAGGAAGAUACUUCUCCUAUCAGUGAGCGGCUGAGGAUUUUGAGAGGUUACUUGGACGAUGCUCGGGAUUUGUUUAUACCCAAACCAUUGUCCAGGGAAUUCAUCAAGACUGUUGAAAAGCCAAGAGUUCAGCAGCUCAUUAGCAACAUAUUGAGUCCAGUCUCGUCUGAGUUCUUGUUGGUGAAUUUGGUUCUGGAGGUAUGGCAUGGUCCAUCUCUUCUACCACCGUGGGACUCAAUAAUCAACGCAAAGGAAUUGGUCGAUCUCGUUGAAGCGAUCUUGGAGAUGGUGCCUUCAAAUUACCCUCUAGCGCUCUCUGUCUGUAGGAUGUUGAAAGAAGGAUCCCUGGACGGGACAUCUUCUCGGAGUUUGCUAUUCUGGUCGAGCUCGACAUUGAUUCAGUCCAUCUUCCAGGCUAUCCCGGUGGCACCUGAAUGUGUUUGGGUUGAAGCUGCGCAAGUCUUGGCAGAAACCGAAGGGGCUGAUUUACUCUCCGAGCGGUUUUACAAGAGAGCUCUUUCCGUGUAUCCAUUUUCCAAGAAGCUUUGGUGUCGUUAUAAGGAGGUAGCCAAGGGUAGGAGUGGGCGAGGUAGCACCACUGGUGCUGUGGAGGAAGAAGCAAGGAAGAGGGGUAUUGAAGUGGAAUGA